GCUCUAUAUAAGUCACCCUCCAGUUCCUCCAUUGACGUACGAAACUCCUCACUACUUUAACAAGAAGUUGGGCAGUGUGCGGAGGUAGAGAUAAGGAGGAGACAAUGACAAUGGCGAGGCGUCCGUGCGCUCCGUUCUUGGUGCUCUCCCUUCUGCUCUUGGUAGCGCUCUCCAAUGUAGCCGAGGUUCACGGCAAGCUCAGGGCUUCAGAUUGCCCCAACAAAUGCAAGUUCCGGUGCUCGGCGACGUCGCACAAGAAGCCGUGCAUGUUCUUUUGCCAAAAGUGCUGCGCGAAAUGCCUGUGCGUGCCUCCUGGAACUUAUGGCAAUAAACAAACCUGCCCUUGCUACAAUAACUGGAAGACCAAGGAAGGAGGCCCCAAAUGCCCUUGAAACUCGAUUCGAUCAAGUUUGUUUAAUUUUUAUCGUGACGGCUAGCUACUACACAGUCAAUAAUGCUCAAUUCUCUGCGCCUAAUCUGUGGCUUGAUCUGCCAUAGUUGCUGGAAAUUCAAAUUAAUUAUAGAAUAUAUGUAAGCUUGCCAGUUGAAUCUUUGUGUACUACUGUGAGGUGUGAAGAUCACCCAGACACUUUAUUGAAUAUGUUGGGGGUGCAUUUAGCUGGGAUAGGUUGGUGAUUUGAUGUGUAAUUCUGGAUCAAGCCAAUCUUUUCAGUUAACCCAGGAACGAAGUUCUUUUCUUUUCA